AUGGAAAUAGAGAACAAUGAAACAAACAUCACAAAUACUUCAACUGCCGAAACAUAUAUUGUUUCUGCUUAUAAUUUAAAUCAAGAAGAUAGUAAUUGGAUUGUGACAAAUUCCUUCAUAAUCUUCACUAUGCAAACAGGUUUCGGUAUGUUGGAAUCUGGAUGUGUUUCUCUAAAAAAUGAAGUUAAUAUUAUGAUGAAAAACGUAGUGGAUAUAGUACUCGGCGGUUUAACUUAUUGGGCUUUUGGUUUCGCAUUAAGUUUUGGAACAAACAGAUUUAAUAAUCCUUUCAUCGGUAUAGGAGAAUUUUUAAUAGAUCCUUCAUUAGAAGAUAAAUUUAUGGGCCCAAAAUGUGCUGCAUUUCUAUUCCAGUUAAGCUUCGCAACUACUUCAACAACUAUUGUUAGCGGUGCAAUGGCAGAACGAUGCAAUUUUAAAGCAUACUGUUUAUUUUCUUUCUUAAAUACAAUCGUAUAUUGCGUACCAGCGGGAUGGUUAUGGGGUGAUCAGGGUUUCUUAAAAAAUAUGGGUGCUGUUGAUAUUGCUGGUUCAGGAGCAGUGCACCUCGUUGGUGGUAGUUCGGCACUCGCAUGUGCCAUUAUGUUGGGACCAAGAUUAGGCAGAUAUGAUAAUGGAACUGCUUCAUUGCCUCUUGGAUGUCCAGUCAAUGCGAUUAUGGGCUUAUUUGUACUUUGGUGGGGCUGGUUAGCUUUCAAUAGUGGUAGUACAUAUGGUGUUAGUGGGCAGCGAUGGCAAUAUGCUGCUAGAGCAGCAGUUUCUACAAUGUUAGCAAGCAUGGGAGGUGGAUUAGUUGGUUUAGGUUUCAGUCUAAAUGGUCCAAAUGGUAUUGACAUUCUAAGUCAAAUAAAUGGCAUCCUUGGUUCACUGGUUGCAGUUACAGGUGGUUGUUUUCUUUUUAGAGCAUGGGAAGCCAUAUUUGUUGGAAUGAUUGGUGCUUUUAUUACAUGUUUCAUUAUGCCCAUCUUAGAUAAAAUGCAUAUUGAUGAUCCAGUUGGAGCCAGUGCUACACAUGGUGCCAGUGGAAUUUGGGGUAUUAUUGCUGUUGGUUUAUUUGCAGACAAUCCAUAUCCCCUUGAUACUACUAGUGGAAGAAAAGGAUUAUUUAAAGGAGGAGGAGGGUAUUUAUUAGGUGUGCAAUGUUUAACAGUUGUAUGCUUAGCACUUUGGAGUUUUACAAUAUCUAUCAUUUUGCUAUGGUCUAUAAAUAAAAUAAUACCGAUUAGAAUGAGUGUUCAUGAUGAACUUCUAGGUGCAGAUUUAGUAGAACAUCGAAUUCGACAUACACAGAUUGGAAUAAGUAGAGCCAUGUCUGCUUUUCGACCAAUUUCACAAAAACAGGAGUUACGAAAUGUGCAUCCUGUAGGAAUCAAUCCUGGUCACAAUUCGUAUAUCGAAAAAUAUAAUCGUAAAUAUCAUUUAAAGUGCGGAAAACAAUUUCUACUUGGAAAAAAAAUAUCAAAGAGUUCUCAGUUGAAUACUAUUACUGAUUCUGUAUUGAACGAUGAAAACAAACCGAAUUUUGCUUGGAUAGAUUAGUUUUUAAAUGCUUUUUAACAACAUAGCGAUCGUAAAUUUAUUAGAAACAUAUAAAUGUACUCAUAUACACGUUUUGUCGCUUUCACACGUUCCUGUUAAACCAUACAAUGUACACGCAUUCUUUGAUAAAUAAUUAAAAUCUUAAAUGACUACAUGAAUAAGAAUUAUGAAUGCUAGUAUAUAGGGAACAAUCCUGUUG